AUGGAGAUCGAAAAUUUCUGUAACGAUUGGGAUCACAUCAGCUUGGAACCGGUUUUGUUUUUUUGGGAUAGUGAUUAUCAAGACCUCGAGACCUCAUUUGAAGAUUUAUAUAAUCGACAACACAUAGCUGCGAGAAGUCAAAAUUACCAGAAUAAUUUAGAAAGACUUGAAUUUGAAAGCACUUCUAGUAAGCAUAUAAGCAAAUGGAUAAAGAACGCUUUAGAAGAAUUAAGACUAACAAUAAGUAAAACUCGGCGCGAACCAACAGCUUGUGAGAGUCUUGCCACCAUCGUAGAAUCUAUACCAUCGACAUCAUCAUUCAGCAAUGAUCUGAGUUUCUUGUCAUCGACAAAAAUAAGAAGAAAUAAACAGGCAGCCAAGAAAAAGAACAACGCACAGUCUUUCACACCGGAAAUACCUGAAAGAUCUCACUUAAGUACAUCCUCAUGCGAACAAAUAAAAAUUCCUUCCUCUCUGCAACAAUCGACCACAUGCACAAUAUCAGAGAGGAAAUACACUACAGCAACACCGAUAAACGAAGACUGCAGAACUGUUAAUAUUAAAAAUCCAGUGGCGGGAGGAGCAACCGUUGCUGAAAAUACAAAUCAGCAAUUAUAUCAAACGAAUGCGCCCUUCACCAAUAAUAUCUCCGAGUUUUAUAAUUUGUAUCCACAACAGGAACAAAUUUAUCACUCCAAUAGACCAUCGACUGUACCACCUCAAGAAAUAGACAAGAUAGAAGAUUAUGCAUUGGAAUAUACGUGGGAAAACAUUAUCUUAAAUAAUUACAAACUCGAGAUCCCAAUACGACCGGUUAGUGAGCAGAUUCAAGUGGAACAACAGCUGGAAGAAUUGUCUUUGACAAAAGCGGGAGGUGAAGUGGCCAUUGCUGAAAAUUGCAAUAAACAACUAUACCAAGCGAACGUGUUCUCUACCAACUCGUGGGUCUCUGAGUUUCACAAUUUGCCUCCACAUCAAGAGCAAUUCUGUUACUCUGAUGAACCAUCGACUAUAACAUACGAAAAAAUUGGAAAUUUGGUAGAAGAACAUGCAUUGCCAGGAUGUAGCCGAGAAAAUAUUAACUUAAACAUUUACGAAUCGCCCGUGAAUCCGGUACCGUCGAACAGCUUUCAACAACAACAAUUGCAAGAAUCGUUUGGUCUUGAAGAGCCUAAUUACUCUCAAUAUCCGCAUUGCGUCCCUACAAGCUCAAGAGGAGAAGAGUUUGUAACGGAUACGAGAACAUAUAGUGCGUCCAAUUGGGCCAGUCAAGACAUUUUUAAACCGCCACCGCCUUAUCCUGAAAAGAGCAUCAAAAGGAACAGUGCACCUCUAACAGAAGCUCUGCCAAAUCCUCCAUACACCAACAUUUCGCCUACAUCGAACAUCGUAAGUGAAAUGAAAUACGAGACACAAUCAGGUCCACCGACGACGCCGUCACAUUUGACCUCUUCCGGAGUCGAGCCGCCACAUAGCAGUCAGACUUCCGGAAUCGUGAUGGGUGAUUCACCAGCUGAAGUUGUCGACAGCCUGUUGUUGUCCCCUUGGGCCGCCAACGGGCCUGAGUUCCUCGAAGGUGGAGUACCAGAUGUGAAGCAAACGGGCGGGUUUCAAGAUACUUCAUGGGUAGACUCGCUCAUGUUGGGUUCGACUGUCAACGUCGCUUCGGCUCAGUCGUUAAUGGAAAUCAAGGGUCCGCUUCCAGCCUUCACCAAUUACACGGGACACCUCUCAAUCAACGGCAUAUCUGGCCAUCACUAUCACACGAUAGCCUCAUCCGGUCAGAGAUCGUCAGUACCAUCUGCAUCGCCGACACCCUCCUCUAAUCAGGAAUAUUACGAAUCGCCCGUAGUAUCCUCGAGUACACCAUGUCCACAGGUAAGUCAAAAACACCAGCCACAGAAUCAUCAACAGCAACAGCAGCAACAGCAGCAUCCACAUCCUCAAAGUCAACAUCAGCAGCAGCAGCAAUUGCCACAGUCGACGCAGCAAAUAGAGUACGAUAUUGACGACAUUGCGGAGAUUAUCGGUUCCGCGAUAGCGGACACAACGGUGCCGGGAAAGGGAAACGGUCCCAGUUCGGAGCAGACUUCAGAUACCUCAGGAGACUGGAUAGACAUUGCCGAGUGGAUCAUGCCGGAGUGUUCGCCUAAGACUCAAGAGACUACAUCGCCCAAUUCGUUCGCGCCACAGAUUUACGUGACCACAACACCGACCAUAUCGACUCAACAGCACUCUUCCACGCUACAGAAUUUGCUUACGCAGACUACGUUACAGACCUACGUUACAGAUUUACGUUCACCUCUGCUACAAGCGAGAUUGCAGCAGCACUCCAACACUGCCCCGGGUCUUCAGAACGCAUCCUGUGGUGAAACGCCAUCAUCGACGAGCCCUUAUCCGCCUCUUAGCCCGCCUAAUCGAGUGUCCACAUCCUGCAGCCCCGAUGACCUUUUACACUCGUCUUUCGCCACUCCUUCGCAUCCCAGAAAAAGAUCGCGAUCCUCGGGUUCCGGGCAAAAUACGAGCAAGAAGAAUCCGGCCGUCAAUGCAGCAGUAUUACCGUACGGAGCGGAGUCCGAAGUGGUUGGCAACCCAAAGAAGCCCGUUCACAGGUGUCACAUAUGCAGCAGGGCAUUCUUAAACAAAAGCAAUAUUAAGGUGCAUUUACGUACGCAUACGGGCGAGAAACCGUUUAAGUGUGACGUAUGCAGUAAAGCUUUCAGGCAAAAGGCACAUCUCAUCAAACAUCAGCAGAUUCACAAAAGAGGCGGCAGGGAAUAGAUUCUCUCUCAAAUCGAAGGGACACACUUUACAAAAUAAAAUUGGUAAUUCUAAUGAUAAAUAGCAUAGGUAAAGAUAUAUAAUAGGAAUAGACUUAUAAACAUACUUAAAUUACGCUAUAUCGUACCUAUGAGACAUGGCGAUAAUGCGGCCAUCGUAAUGACAUGUGAUCACUCUAAUCAUUAGAAUCCAUUGGUUUAAAUGCGUCCCUUGUAAUUGAAGAAAGACAAAAGCGGACGCAAUUCCGCCACUAAUUUAAUGGAAACAAUCACGAUCACGAUCGCGUUCAAGAU